CUAAGGUGGGGCGCCCCGCCCCUCGGCAGGCCCUGCGCCCAAUGGGACGGCCUUGGGACAGACCCGGGCGCCUCCGGAGCUUCAAAAACGUGUGAGCAGGGUGCAGACGGAGCCUCGGCUGCUGCCACCUUGGUCCUCGGCGACCCCCCACUGCCCAGCCGGAGCGCACCGGUCAGCAUGUCUUCUGCCCACUUCAACCGGGGCCCCGCCUACGGGCUGUCAGCGGAGGUCAAGAACAAGCUGGCCCAGAAGUAUGACCACCAGCGGGAACAGGAGCUGCGGGAGUGGAUCGAGGGUGUGACCGGGCGCCGCAUCGGCAACAACUUCAUGGACGGCCUCAAGGACGGCAUCAUCCUGUGCGAAUUCAUCAAUAAGCUCCAGCCGGGCUCGGUGAAGAAGGUGAAUGAGUCGACCCAAAAUUGGCACCAGCUGGAGAACAUCGGAAAUUUCAUCAAGGCCAUCACCAAGUACGGGGUGAAGCCCCACGACAUCUUCGAGGCCAACGACCUGUUUGAGAACACCAACCACACCCAGGUGCAGUCCACGCUCCUGGCCCUGGCCAGCAUGGCCAAGACGAAAGGCAACAAGGUGAAUGUCGGGGUGAAGUAUGCUGAGAAGCAGGAGCGGAAAUUUGAGCCAGAGAAGCUGAGAGAAGGGCGGAACAUCAUCGGGCUGCAGAUGGGCACCAACAAGUUUGCCAGCCAGCAGGGCAUGACAGCCUACGGCACCCGGCGCCACCUCUAUGACCCCAAGCUGGGCACGGACCAGCCGCUGGACCAGGCCACCAUCAGCCUGCAGAUGGGCACCAACAAGGGGGCCAGCCAGGCUGGCAUGACGGCACCUGGCACCAAGCGGCAGAUCUUCGAGCCUGGCCUGGGCAUGGAGCACUGUGACAUGCUGAAUGUCAGCCUGCAGAUGGGCAGCAACAAGGGCGCCUCGCAGCGGGGCAUGACGGUGUACGGGCUGCCGCGCCAGGUGUACGACCCCAAGUACUGCCUGACGCCCGAGUACCCGGAGCUGGGCGAGCCCGUGCACAACCACCACCCGCACAACUAUUACAACUCCGCCUAGGCCCCGGGGCCGCUGCUGCUGCUGCUGCUCUAGGCUGGAGCCCGCCGGCCCAGCCGACCCCUGCCCCUGCAUGGCGUCCCCAGCCCCUGGCACCUGCCUACAGGGUUAGUUUGGGGAGAGCAGUCUGGGGGCCCUGUGUGCGGGGAAGCGGGCCUCCUCUCUGUAGCGCCGCAGGGCCCAACGCAGAGCCGGGGUUUCCGCGACAGCACCCGAAGGGCGCACUGAGCAAAGCUACCCAGCUGCCCUACUCCCUCACAAGUGGGUACCCCAGGACUAGGAGCCCCCCCUUUCCAAGCAAAGCCCCCAGAGCCCAGGCUCGGCCCCCUCCCGCGGCGGGAGCGAACUGCAUGCCCGAGACGCAGCGGACACACGCGGUUUGGUUUGCAGCGACUGGCGACUGGCGUAGGUGGUGACGGCGGUGUUUGUAACGCGAGCACUUUCUUUUUUUAUUUCACUGGAGCACAAUAAAUGGCUGUAAAAUCACA